AUGGAGCUACUGAAUCUGAAAAACGAGGAAAGCAUGUCAGUAAACACGAUGAGGUACUCGGACCUACAGUUCGAAACGAACACGGACAUCUCCUCCAUUGAGGAGUCCCCUUUCUUCUCCGUUGGAGAUUUCCCGAACGAAUUGCACAGCAGCUUUGACGACAUUUCGGACUACAUAUUAGUGGACGAAUCGGAUUUAAAGAGGGACCGAUCAGACAUCACUAGCUGCGGAAGUAGCAUAAUUAUGGGGACAAAGGGAGGAGGUAUGCCAAUCAAGCGAAAUACGACGGUGAAAAUAAAGAAAGAAUUUAAGAGCGCUAGCUACUCGGAGGGAAGCAAAACAGGAAGUGAUAAUACUCACCAUGAUGACAAUAAAAAAACAGGGCUCUGUAGGACCCUUGGCACGGAAGGAAGGAAGAGGAUGUUGAAAUUGCUGAGGAAGGCGUACAAAUACAAUGAGGAAUGUAAAGUCAUAAUGAAAAAUAAAACCCCCCCACUGUCCAUUAGUUACUUACCAUAUUUCAAUCUAUCCAUGCUGUGGCAGCUAGCAGAAGAUUUCGGAGUGUAUAAUGAAGCUUUAAAAAUACACAAGGAGUGCAUUAAGAAGAGGAACGCCAAUGUACGCUUUAAGCAGAGCAACAAGAAUGCAGCGAGUUAUAAUUUGUCGGACCUGAACAAGACGGAAAAAUCUCCGAAGGCGGAAUUCAUGUCGGACUUUAUGUGCGCGAAUAUGGACACACAGACGGGAGACGAUUUUGACACCACCAACACGACACUGAAUGAUGACGGACAAGGAAAGAGGAAGAGGAAGAAGGGCAGCAUCUGCGUGGGUUAA